AUGGGUUCAGAAAGAAGGAAAGCAUUACCAUUCAAAGCCAAAAUGCCAGAUACCGCCAACAUAUCAAGACUUUUGAAUGAACUUCCCGCAUGCUUCAGGGUUACUUUGCAAGGAAAGUUUGGCCAUAUUUUGGAUCUUCUCUCCGUAGAUGUUCAAACACCAGCCAUCACCGCUUUAGCUCAGUUCUAUGAUCCUCCGCUUCGAAGUUUCUUAUUCCAAGACUUUCAGUUGACUCCAACCUUGGAGGAAUUCGACCGGCUCUUGGUAUUUUCUAUGAAAGGAAGGACACCGUAUAAUAGGAUUGGUCAGGUACCUGAGGUAGAGAUGUUAGCCCUUGCCCUCCAUAUCCCCAUAUCUGAUGCAUUGGCUAAUUGGAAGAAAAGGGAGAAUCUCUUUGGUUUUUGGAGGGCUUACCUAGAUGAAGAAGCAGAAAGGUUGUUUGAGAUACGUCAUUGGGAUGCAUUGGCAAAUAUACUAGCUCUUCUCAUAUAUGGGCUAGUAUUGUUCCCAACCCAUGAAGGUUUUAUAGAUUCAGCUGCCAUAAGUAUCUUUUGGGCCGUUUGGAAGGAUAAACAAAGUUUGGUUCCUCCACUAUUAGCUGACACUUUUCAUACUUUGCAUACUCGACAUCAAAAGAAGAAUGGAAUGUUGAUAUGUUGCCUUCCAUUGCUCUAUAAUUGGCUUAUCUCAUAUGUGUUCAAGCCUGAUGCUCACAUCAGUGAAAUGUCCAAUGGGGAGUGGGCAAGAACUCUGGUGUCUUUGUCUAGUAAGGAUAUCAUUUGGUACCGACACAAGCUGAAUGUCGAAGAAAUCAUUAUCAGUUGUGGUAGUUUCCCAAAUGUACCACUAAUAGGAUCUAAAGGUUGCAUCAGCUACAACCCCAUGUUAGCUUUGCGACAGUUUGGAUAUCCUAUGCGUGGGAAGCCCGAUGGUAAAGAGUUAGAAGAGAUGGUUUUGAAUGAUAUGGGAACCAACGAUCCUUUUCUCCUCCGUAAGAUCAUUCGAUCUUGGGAAAAGGUGUAUACCAAAGGAACAAAAUUAGUAAAGAAGAACGAUGCAACAAGGGUUCCUUAUCAGCAAUGGAUCUCGGAGAGGAUCAAAGUUGUGAAGCUCCCUUUUUCUAUAGAGAUUCCUCUAAAGUCUACUUCACCAGAACCAGUCCCUGUUUCUCUUGAAGAGGUGGAAGAACUUCGAGCCAUGGUAGCUAAACUUGGAAAGGAGAAAGAUGAUCUGCAAUCUGAACUCUACAAAGAAACUGGGAAAAAUAUGAUUCUCAAAAGGAAGAGUGCAAAUUUGAGGUGCUACACAAAGGAAGGAAUUGAGCAAGAUCUCAAGGAAAGAGUCUUGGAGUGCCUAGAUCAGGCUGAUAGUGGAUUAGGUUCACUCUGUGAUGAGUUAGCUAAGGCUAAAAGAGAUGGACAAGAGUGGAAGCAUUGGUCGGACCUAGCCACUAAGCAAAAGAAGGAGGUAAGAGAGGAGCUUGAAGCCCAAAUACAAGAACUGAAGGAGCAACUUCGAAGCUCCGAAGCUGAAGUGGUGCGUGAAAGACGUCUUAAGGAACAAGCCCAAAGAACCUCUCAAAUAUGUCCUAAAGCCUGGGAAAAGAAGUGUGAUAAGUUGAAUACCAACAAGGAGCUAGCUAGUUAUUGGAAGGAACAAUAUGAGUCUCUGAAGAGCCAAAGCAUGGGUUGGUUAAAUCAUAGGAAGCAUCUGAAUGAGAUAUUGGAUGAGUAUGAAUGCACCAUCAACCUUCUGUAG